AUGGCUUACAACGAUGACUCCGUACUGGCGCGACUUUCAUCGCUGAAUGAGAGCCAUGACAGUAUCGCUACUGCUGCACAAUGGAUCAUGUUCCAUAGGCGACAUGCAGAGCGAACCGUGCAACUCUGGUUGCAGCGCCUUAAAGACUCGUCCAGCACAAAGAGACUGAGCUUGAUUUAUCUCGCCAACGAGGUGGCUCAGCAGUCCAAAAUCCGGCACAAGGAUGACUUCAUUAUUGCUUUUGCGCCUGUGAUUGCCGAGGCUGCUUCCGCUGCCUACAAGGGAGCACCUGCAGAGCUUCAGGCAAAACUGAAGCGCGUUAUAGAUGUCUGGAGAGAUCGAUCGAUCUUCGAAGCGCCCAUUCAGGCUGCCAUUGAUGCUCGCAUUGGGGAACUUGACAAGGCCCGUGGCAUGGCUAAACCUGGGUUUGCCGGUUCUCCGUUUGGUAGCGGUGGUGCCGCUUCUGCUGGUGCCGCUAUUCCAUCCGAGUUUGCCCCUCUUGUGUCUGCUCAUCAGAAUGUUGCCAAAUUGAGCCCUCCUCUCAAGGCCACGAUUGCAUCCGCCAGCCAGGAAUAUGAGAAACAAACCGACCCAUCGACACUUGUCCCCUCUGCUCCUGUUUACGCUGCUCGCCUGAAUGGUCUCCUCAAAACGCUGGCCAACGCCGAGAAUGCAGUUGCUGAGUGUGUCAAGGCCAGGGAGGGCCUUGUCUCUGGUCUAGAGACGUUGCUCAAUGCCAACCGCGCCGCAUUGGAACAAGAGAAAUCUGAUCAUGCCCAGCUUGUAUCCCGAAAGACGGAGAUUGAAGAGAAGAAGCAACAGGUUGAGGUUGGUAUCAUGCGAGCGCUAGGUCCAACCGAGAACAAUGGGAACUCGGGAGACGGAGAGUCUUUGAGCACCCCUGCUGAGCCAGGCAGACCAGAAAUAGAGGCACUCACCCCUCCGGCCUUUGAACCUUUCGAUGCGCCUACUCCUGAGGCAUUGACACCGGAAGGUGAAACUGCUGUUGCUCCCGCUCCUGCUGCCGAAGAAGAGACCGCAUCUUACCAGUCAUUGCCGAUUUCAACCAAUGGUUCUAACAAGCGUCGUCGUGUCGAUACUGAGGAGUUUCCUGAUCUAGGAGGGGACGAUGGCAUUGAUGCUGAUGUCGCUCAGAUGCUAAAAGAGGGUUCCCACUCAUGA